CAAUUAUUUAAUAAUGGAGGUAGUACUGUGUAAGACAUUAGAGUAUUAGGCUAUGUUGGAUGACCACUUCAGCUCAAAAUGAGCUGAAACUUGAUCAAUCUUAACAAUUGGCAUUUAGCCUUGUUUGGAUGAAGGGUUGAUCUUGACCUGACCUAAAACUAAUCAGCUGAUUUGAAACAUUACAAAUUGUAGCAUUUCAGGUUAGCCCGUUAACUCAUCGCAAGCUUAUGUUGACUUUAAUCUCCCAAAAUUCAAAUUUUAUCUUGUUUAUAUUAAAACAUUCAUUAUUAAGGUAACUUUACAUUUUUCUGUUGUUAUUUCAGUUGUGUUGUCAAACAAAUCUAUUUCAUUCAGAUAGCAUUUCAGUUUCAACAACUUCUAUCUAGCCCCAUACAAUAGUCUCUUAAUUAGACAAUAGAUUCCAACUUCAUCUUGUUUUUUCAAACAUAGCCUUCGACUACUCUUGCUAUCAAGUUGACAUUCUGGAAUGAAACCCCGAAUCUUAAGAUAUUAAAAGGGUUAGUACACUUAGUCAAUCACAUGAUUUGCCUCUUGUUUUCUCUAUAUGUAGCACUCAGCAUAUCACCAGCUCUUUUUUCUUAUUAACUUCCCUAAACUGUUUCAUUUUUAGUUGUCAUAAUAUGAAUGUAUAUCAUAUUCCAUGCAUUUUAUUAUAACUUUAAAGUUCAUGUUCAAUAACCUUUUAUAUUUCAUAUAAAGCUUAUUCCCAUUUUCUAGAUGCAAAAAGUCUAUACAGAGCUUCUUCACAGCUUCACACAUGUCUUUGUCCAAUACUCCAAUGAGCUUAAUGCUAUUGCCUAUUAGGGUGGUUCACAACUUCACACCAUUAUUUAUUAUCUCAUUUGGUGAUAAUAUAUUUCAGUCCACCAAAGCAUUGGAAAUUCGUUGAAGAAAAUAACAAGAUAGAGAACAACCAUGGAGCGGUCACAAUCUUUAUAUAGGCGCAACUCGCAAUUCAGAUCUAGACUGAGACACUAAAGAUAUUUUAUACUCCCUCUGUUCUCUAAUACUUGUCCCUCUUUCCAUUUUGGGUUGUUUUCUAAUAUUUGUCUCUCUUUCCAUUUUUGGAAAGUUUUUUCAAUAAAUAUAUACAUUUACCCUCAUUCUCUUUCCUAGUUUUCAUUCUCUUUCCUACUUUUUCAUUUAAAUACAACCCACUACACCUUUUAAAUUACGCCUAUUAUUUUCCUCUUAAAACUUGUGUCAAACCCUAUAAGGACAACUAAUGGAGAACGGAGGGAGUAUUAUUCUAUACAUCCCAUACAAUACCAAACUUAUUAAAAGCGAAAUAAAGCGACAAAAAGCGAGAAGCGUAGGCGAGCGAUGGCCUAUCGCUAAGCUUUACAGAAGCGCACCCCUGUAAGAAAGCGACGCUUUCUUCCGCCUUUCCUUGAGGCGUCGCUGCGCAAAAAGCGAGCGCUUUUGAUCGCCUCUCACAAAAAGCGACGGGUAGGUCAAAGUUGAGCCUAAGUUUUUUUUUAGUUUUAGUUUACUUAGGGUUACGAAUUAGGAUAGUUUCCAUUCGUAACGACGCCAAUCUGCUGAGCCGAAGACUCCAGGUAUUCUUCUUCAGAGCCGCGACAACCAGGAACGACGCCAAUCUGCUGAGCCGCUGAAGACUGAGAUUCUCCUUUCUUCUUCGGUUCUUCCAGCUGCUGAGGACUGAGGUAUUUCUCUUAGUCUGCUAUUAGCCUAUUACUCAUUGGUUCUUUCUUCUAAUCAUCUCGCCCUUUCUGCCGAUUGUGGAGCUUAAUUUCUGUUCUGCGGCUUCUGCCAGCCUUGUGUGUGAUUUUAUUAUUUGUUUUAGAAACUAGUUAAUUGCAGUUUAAUUGCAGCUCUGCCGAUUCUGGAACUAUUUCCAGUUUAGAAGAAAUUUUCUUAUAGUCUGCUAUUACUUAUUAUUUCAUUCUAGUUCAUUCUUCUGAUAAUCUCCCAAUCUCCCCUGUAAAAAUUACUCGAUGUGUGUGACCUUGUAUUUGUGCAGCCAUAUUCUCCUCUUUGUCAUGUUAAGGGAUAAAUACAGUUAUUUACUUUUGCUUAAGACAGUAUAUAUUAGUUAACGUAAAAUAAUAUAUAAAUAUUUACACUUGUUUAUGCACUCUUGUAGAAAAAAAAUGUAUAGACCACAAUCUAAAAGUGAGGAUCCAGCAUGGGAGCAUGGAUUAAGAGUCAAACAAGAUGACAACACGCAUGUUCAGUGCAUUUAUUGUGACAAAAUUACCAGUGGAGGUAUAUACCGUCACAAACAACACCUUGUUGGUGGCUUUAAAAGUGUUAAGGCAUGUCAAAAGUGUCCUCAAGAAGUCAAAGUUGCCAUGAAAGAGCUUCUUGACAACAAAAGUCAAAGAAAGGAAGCUAUGAAAGAGAACCUUUCAAGUCAUGAUUUUGAUGAUGAUGAUGUUGAGGAGAUGGAGUCUGUAGAUGGUACGAGCCACACAUCAUCGAUCAAAGGCCCCAUGAAUUUGUAUUUCAAAACAACUUCAAAAGAACAUGAAACUUUGAAACGAGCUAGAGGGGCAGAAGUAACUAUAGCAACUUGCAAAAAACAAUUGCAGGAAAAAGUUGUUGGCGCGUUUUCACGAUGGAUGUAUGAAGCUGGAUUGCCCUUUAACUGUGUCAAUUACAAGACAUUACAAAGUUUCAUUGAUGCUGUGGCACAACAUGGACCCGGAAUGAAAGCUCCUACAUACCAUGAAGUUCGAGUGCCAUAUCUUAAAAAGGAAGUAGAGCAUGUGAAAGAGCUUUUUAAACCACAUGAGGAUAUUUGCAAGCAGUACGGUUGCUCAUUGAUGAUGGAUAAGUGGACUGAUAGAAGGAAUCGCGCUUAUAUCAAUGUGUUAGUGAAUUGUUCACUUGGAUCUUAUAUUAUCCAAUCAGUUGAAGUAAGUUUGGACACUGUGAAUGGAGAGAAGAUGCUUGAGCUCUUUGAACUCUUUGUGAACAGAGUUGGAGGAGAAAAUGUUGUUCAAGUUAUUUCAGAUAACGCUUCUGAAAAUGUCAAAGCUGGUAAGUUUAUUUUAUACGUAAACUCAUAAUUUCUAAUAGUCUAAUAUAUAAUUUAAUUGAAUUUAAUUGUUUUUUUCAUUUUCUUUUCGUUUAGGCAAAGAUUUAAUGGAGAAGUACCCGACAAUUUAUUGGACACCAUGUGCUGCUCAUUGCAUUAAUUUGAUGUUCAAAGACAUAUUUGAGCUUAAGCACUUUCAGACAACCUACAAAAGAGCUCUGAAGUUGUCGGUUUACAUCCAUUCAAAAACAAAACUGCUGAACUUGUUUAGGAAAUUCACCGGAAAGAGAGAGUUGGUGAAGUUCGCUAAGACACGAUUUGCCACAACCUUCUUGACAUUCAAGAGGUUAAAGGAGCACAAGAAUAAGUUGAUCAAGCUUUUCAAUUGUGAGGAGUUCCUAACGAGCAACUAUUCCAAAGAAGAGGCUGCAAAGGAGUGUGGUAGAAUUGUUCAGAUGCCCUCCUUUUGGAACACACUUCAUGAGGCACUGAAAGUUGGAGGACCACUUAUGUCAACCCUUCGAAUGGUUGAUGGAGAUGUCAAGCCGGCUAUGGGAUAUGUCUAUCCUGCGAUGGAGUUGACAAAAGCAGCAAUAGCCAGAGCCUUUAAUAACAACCAAUCCAAGUUCAAGAAAGUGUUUGACAUAAUAGACACGAGAUGGACUUCGCAACUUCGUCAGCCAUUGCACGCAGCUGCCUUCUUCUUGAAUCCGGAUUUCUUUCGAUUUCCAGGCGAGUUAGAAGUAUCUUCUACCAUAAAUUCAGCUGAAGUGGUGAGUGGGUUUUAUGAAUGUUUGGAGAGGUUGGUUCCAAAUGAAGAUCUUCAAGCCAAAAUUGUUAAUGAAGUGUCCAUUUGGGAAUUAAGACGAGGACUAUUUAGCAGUUCAUUUGCGAAGAAGCAACGCGGCGUUAAACCCCCAGUUGAUUGGUGGACAUCUUUCGGUGCCAGUGCUCCCCAUUUAAAGGAAUUUGCAAUUAAGCUUCUUAGCUUAACAACAAGUGCAUCGGGAUGUGAGAGGAACUGGAGCGUAUUUGAGCAUGUAAGAAUAGUUAUUGUAAUGCAAGAGCCAAGAAUUUCAAUUUUUCUAUUCAUUUGACUAACUGAAAAAAUUUAAAUUACUUAACAGUUGCAUUCGAAGAGGAGAAGUCGUCUAGAAUACAACCGCCUCAAUGAUUUGGUAUUCGUUAAGUACAAUAGGGCUUUGAGGCGUCGCUGGGAAAUGCGUGAUUCUAUAGAUCCUAUUUGCUUGGAUUACAUAGACAUGGCAAAUGAAUGGUUGACCGGUGAAGUUGACGAUGCAAAUGAAGAGUUGGUCUUUGGUGAUGGAGAUGAUUUGACUUGGGGAGAUGUUGCAAAGUUUUCUGGUGUACAUGAUACCCCGUAUUCUCUUAGACGCAAUUCUAAAGAGAAAGAUAAAGCAGAAAGUUCCAAGUCUAAGGGAAAAGAGAAAGCCUCCACCCGUAGACUCGUUGAUGAAGAUGAGGACGAAGAUGAAGAGGAUGCUGGAGUCUAUGAUGAUGACAGUGAGGACUUUGAUACCUUACUUAUGGACGAAGAAGAACAAGACCAGUUUGAUGACGAGGAGGAUGAGUUGAUGGAAUGAGGAAGAUUCUAAGAACCGUUUUUAAUGAAACUAUGAAAUUGUGUGAUGAAUUUUUUUUCUUUAUGCCACACUAGUAUUUCCUUUAUGACUUUUAUGAUUAAUUAUGUGUUUUUGUGUGAUUUUGUGAUGAAUGUUUUGAAACUUUAUGCUGAACUAGUAUUAUUUUG